AGAAAAGAGAAAUGGAGAAGGAACUGGACAAUAUUCAAAGGGAGAAAGAUGAAAUCAAUCAAAUGAAGCUCCAGCUACAGAAACAAAAAAUGGACAUAGACAACUGGAUACAAGGGAGGCAGCAAGAGAAAGACUUGAUCGAACAGAUGAAAACAGACCUUCAAAAAGAGAAAGAGGAGACUGUUCAGUUAAGAGAAGAGAUUAUAAGGGAGACAAAAACUGAAAUGGAUGCGGAACAGAAAAUUAUGGAAUCGCAAUGGGAACAGAUACAACAGGAAAGGGGUAAUAUCGAACAACUAAAGUCAGAGCUACGGAAACAGAGACUGGAAAUAGAGAAGUGGAUACAGGAGAAAAAGAAAGAGGUGAUCAGGAUUGAUCAAAUGAAAGAGGAUCUUCAAAAUGAGAAAGUGAAAAUUGAUCAAGCCAGAGGUGAUUUAAAGAGGGACAUUGGCAAAAUGGAAGCCAUUAAAGCUGAGAUGGCAGGACAAGAAGAGGGAAUGCAAAUGGAACUUGAGAAAAUAAAAAGGGCGAAAAAUGAUAUUGAACGAAUCAAGUUGGAGCUACAGAAACAAAAAAUGGACAUAGACAUCUGGAUACAAGAGAGACAGGAACAGAAAGGCUUGAUUGAACAAAUGAAAAAAGAAAUUCAAAAAGACAAAAUGAAAAUUGAUAAAAAACAGGAAGAAACUGUAAGAGACACAACUAUUUCACUAACGCAACCUGAAACUGACGAAGAAAAGAAAAUUAUGGAAUUCCAGGAACAGAAACAGCAGGAAAAGGACAAUGUUAAACAACUGAAGUCUGAGCUACAGAAACUGAAAGACGAAAUGGAAAACUGGAUACAGGAAAGACAGCAGGAGGUGGUCAGGAUUGAACGAAUGAAAACUGAUCUUAAAAAUGAGAAAAUGAAAAGUGAUCAAGCCAGAGAUGAUGCAAUGAGGGAGAUUAACAAAAUGGAAGCGAUGAAAGCUGAGAUUGAUGGACAGAAAAGAGAAAUGGACAAGGAACUGGAAGAGAUAAAAAUGAAGAAACAUGGCAUUGAACAGCUUAAGGUGGAAUUACAGAAACUGAAAGAGCAAAUGGACAACUGGAUGCAAAAGAUGCAACAGGAGAGGGAGUUGAUUGAACAAAUGAAAACAGACCUUCUAAAAGAGACAGAAAAAAUUGAUCGAUCAAGGGGAGUGAAAAUAAAGGAGACAGUUAUUUCAGUAACAAGUCCUGAAAUAAACAAAGAAAAUGAAGGAAUGGAAAUGCAAUGGAAGCAGAUUCAGUUGGAGAAGGAUGAUAUUGAACGACAGAUAGAGAGUGUGAAUAAGAAAGACAUCGAUAAGAUGUUUAGGGAUGACAUGUCCAAAGUGGUGGAAGGACUAGCGGAAGACAAAGACCCGAAGACUGAUACAAUAAAGGAGCAACUGAUGAAAACAACAGAGAAUCUUGACCAUGAAAAAGACACUGAGCCUGUAAGACUUUGGGAAAUGGUGGAUGCAGACAUACUAGAGGAUUAUGACACCGAAAAAACUGCUAGGCUGACAGAGGUGGAGGAUGCAGGAGGGAGACUAGUGGAAGAGACAGAUGGGGAGAUGCAAAGAUCCACAGAGCAUCUUGUGCAUACGGGCACCUCUUUGGAACAAGAGGAAAGGGUGCAAGGACAAAUUGUGAUAGAAAGAGAGUCACGUGCAGCUCCCCGGAGACUUGGAAGAGCGUGGCGCUGGUUCAGACGUCGCUGUUGGCGCUGCUGCUUAUGCUGUUGCCCUCGGGAUACAGAGGAAGAAAUCGACUUGACAGAAUCAUAGAUUGCCCAGUUGAUUUCCUGUCAUGCAACCAAUGGGCAGCUGAAUGUGUUAUUUGCAUGAAGAAGAACUCUUCCUUGGUCAAAAAACAUCGGGUUUCCCCAAACUGCUUUGUCAAUGUUGUAUAUUUACAUUCUUUUCUAUAUUUUUGAUUUGUUGCCUGUUUGACUGGUGUGGAACUUGAAACAUGACAU